CCGGCCCCCUGAGAGGUGGGGCUAAGGUGGCAGCAUGAGGCUGUCGCUCGCAGCCGCUGUCUCCCACGGCCGCGUCUACCGCCGCUUGGGCCUCGGCCCCGAGUCUCGCAUCCACCUGCUGCGGAACUUGCUCACCGGCCUGGUGCGCCACGAACGCAUCGAGGCGUCAUGGGCACGCGUGGACGAGAUGAGGGGCUACGCGGAGAAGCUCAUCGACUAUGCGAAGCUAGGAGACACCAACGAGCGAGCCAUGCGCAUGGCUGACUUCUGGCUCACUGAGAAGGACUUGAUCCCAAAGCUGUUUAAAGUACUGGCGCCUCGGUUCCAAGGUCAGAAUGGGAGCUACACCCGAAUGCUGCAGAUCCCAAAUCGGAAGGAGCAAGAUCGGGCCAAGAUGGCAGUGAUCGAAUAUAAAGGGAACUGCCUCCCACCCCUGCCUGUACGUCAGAGAGACAGCAACCUUACUCUCCUAAACCAGCUGCUACUGGGACUGCAGCAGGACCUGCGCCAUAACCGGGAAGCAAGUCUCCACAGCUCCCACACAGUUCAGACACCAAAGACUUAACCGGGGCUGGAGAGUGGGCGACUCUCAUAAGUGUAUUCACAGAGGUGGAGCUCUUGUGAUGUGUGAGAACUGGAAGUAGCUUUGUCAAGUGGAACGGCGGUAUGGGGCCCAGACCUUGCUGGUUCAUCAUCCUCUCUGCACAGUAGAUAAAUUUUUGAUGUGAAAAUAUGAAAUUGAUUUUCUUUUCUUCUCCUAGGAUUUCUGGAAAGCGAGAGGCAUCCAGAUGCUCAGCCACCUAAGAGAGUAAAUUCACAGCUUGUGUUUCUGAAUCUUGGGUCCAGUUUUGCUUUGCCUUUUGGUGGGGAAGGGGAGUCUUGAUGUCCAGGCUGCAUCCAGCAUACAGCAGUCCUAUCCUUGCCUCCCCAGUGCUGGGCCUUCAAGUGUCACCACCACACAGGGCCAGUUGCUUAUCUUUUUAUUCUUUGAGACAGGGUUUGCUCUGUGUAAUCCUUGCUAUCCUGAAACUCAUUCUGUAGAUCAGAUUGGCCUGCCUCUGUGUUGUGAUUGCUGGGAUUAAAGGCAUGUGCCACCACUGCCUGAUUUGGUUUGCUUAUCUUAACACUUAUUUCAGUGGGCCCUGUAUCUCUUGAUUCCAAACUAGCUCCUGUGAUGACUGUGGUUGAUACCCAGUUUAGAGACCCACCCCUUGGGAUUUCUCAUUUUUGUUUGGGGUAUGAGUGCUCUAUCUACAUGCAUGCUUCCAUUCCAGAAGAGGGUGUCAGAUAUCAGACCCCAUUAGAGCUGGUUGUGAGCAACCAAGUGGUUUCUGGGAAUUGAACUCGGGACCUCUGGAAGAGCAACUAAAGCCCUUAACCACUGAACCAUCUCUCCAGCCUAGCUCCUUUUGUUUGGUUUUUAUGCUAUAAGUUAUGGUGCAUUUUGGUCUUAUUCACCACACACACACCGUCGUUCUGUCUUGUUCCUCUUCACCUAGUCCCCCUUCCACUUUCGUGUGUGUGUGUUCCAGUGAGUUUCUUUAGGCCUGCUUACAGGAGCGUGGGUAUUUUACCAGUGGCUGUUCUGCUGAAGGAAAGUUCCCUCCCUUGGUAGCCUAUAGAUCUACAGGAAGGGGGAAGCCGCCUGAGCCUCUUCCCUCUCAUUGACAGUAUUUUGACAGCCUACUGUGAGAGAUUGCUUCCUGAUCAGUAGCAGUGAGACCUCGGUAAGGGAAGCUUUAAAUAACCUGGUACCCCUAAAACGGAAGGGGGAUACCGCAGGCAUUGUUUUUUGGCGAGGUCACACAUUCCAUUUAUGUGUUUCCCUUAACCUCUGAAUGGGUCUUGAAUGUAGACUCAAAUAGAUGCACCGCCACCCUGCACAUAGAAUGGGGUGUAGGCAGCUGACAGGAUGUUGACCUUCAGAGGAUAAGUUCCUUCCUCUUGGUGGAGGGUGUGAAGAGGAAGGUGAUGGAGAGUGAAGCAUUAGAAAGUUAAGCCUGCUGGGGAUUUCCUGGAAGCUUUUGUUGUCGGAAGUGAACCUCUGUGGGAACCCAGAAAGAGGAAAUCCGGUUUCAGAAUAGCUGGGUCAUGGGAGAAACAAAGAGCUUGUUUAUAUCUACUGAGUACUAUGGAUAUAAUUCAUCCUGGCUGCCAUUCUGUAGACGCAGAGACUUGACUGGGGAGUCUCGGGAAGAUCCUAAAGGUCUGCUGACCUGAGCACUUGUUCGGCGCCUGAGGUAGAAAGAAGGUGGAGGGUCACUGCUGACGCAGAAGGACACAGCUCAGUGAGGAACUGUUCUGGCCCUGUUUCCCUUACAGCUGCUGAGAGUAAUUCACCUGGUCCCAGCUGAGUUCUCCCUGUUCUGCUUACAUCUUUUAUGCGUCCCAGGUAGAUUUGUUCUCUGAAAAGCCCUUAAAGCCAAAUCUUGAAGUUAGCAGCAGGUGAAUUGUGACAGGGCUCCCAACAACUUUCAACCCCCAAAAUAUGUUCAUUUGGAGCCUUAAUAUUUCCCUAAACUUUUUAUACUUUAUUAGGGAGGGGAAAUGCAUUAUCACACUGCCGAUGGAGACCAGACGACAGCUUUCCCAAAUCAGUUCUUCCAGCCUGAGGUUCCUAAGUAUCAAAGUCAGGACAUCACUUAAUGGCAACUGCCUUUACCUGCUGAGCCAUCUCUGUCCGCUUCACACGUACUUGCUAAGCGUCUUCCAGUCCCCAGCAUCACCUUACACACUAGAGAUAGGCAGGCUUGAGUAUGUUUGCAAUAAAUCUGGCCCCAGCCAAAUGUGAAGUAUCUGCCAUCAGGGAGCUCAUAAUGGUAUGGGACACUGAAUCCUUAAUAAUCUGGCCAAAAAAGCAUUGAAAGAGUCUCUAUGUUGAGUUCCAGUUCUUUCAGGUAAUGUGUCUCACCCACCU